GGGGAGCAAAAUUUGUGACUGGCACUGGGGAGGCUCCUCAUGAGUCAAAUAUGAACAGCAGUCGUCGCCCAACUUCGUGUACCUUGACCUGGCCGUGUGAAGCUCUGGGCUGCCCUCAGUGACCCGCGAUGGGGAGAAAACGAGAGGGAGCUUAACGGUGACCUGGCUCCCUCAGGAGCUUGGGGUCUCUGAAUGACCUAAGCAUAGCACCAUGGCGAAGGUGUGAGUGAAGUCUUCUAGGGCAAGGGCCCGGACGACCGGACGAACUCCAGCCGUCUACACCGACUGGGCUAAGCCCCAUAUGGGAGAAGAAAUAGAGAGGCCUCAGCUGCAGCCUGUUCGCCCAGAUGAUCCCUGAACCCAUUCCCGGAGCUCUACCUCGCCGUAGAAUCGCUACCCUAGUAUCCUAGGUGCCCUAGUCCCGCCUGAGACAUGCGCGGUACGUUCCGCCACACUCAUCAUGGCGGCGGCUGCUGUACGUAACUUCCGCCCGCAGCCGGAAGUACGGGUCCUGGGAGCAUGGCCGCGUCGAAGGUGAAACAGGACAUGCCCCCGCCGGGGGGCUAUGGCCCCAUCGACUACAAGCGGAAUCUUCCACGUCGGGGACUGUCGGGUCUUCUUUCCUCAUGGCCUGCACCCCCUUCUGGGCACAUCCCUCAUCAGCCUCCACCACCAGACGGGCAGCUCCUGAGGCACAGACCCAUGCGGAGGGUCUGGGGUGUCGGCCUCGCCACUGUCAGCAAGAAAGAGCUGCACCAUUGCUACAGCAUGUUUGCUGUGGGCAUCGGGACCUUGCUGUUUGGGUACUGGAGCAUGAUGAAGUGGAACCGAGAGCGCAGGCGCCUGCAGAUUGAGGACUUCGAGGCCCGCAUUGCGUUGAUGCCACUGUUGCAGGCAGAGAAGGACCGGAGGGUUCUGCAGAUGCUUCGGGAGAACCUGGAAGAGGAGGCCAUCAUCAUGAAGGACGUGCCUGACUGGAAGGUGGGCGAGUCUGUGUUCCACACAACGCGCUGGGUGAACCCGGUGAUGGGCGAGCUCUAUGGGCUGCGCACGAACGAAGAGAUUCUCAACAGCGCCUACGGCUUCAUUUGGUACACGUAGGGGCCGGCACCCCUCUGACUACUGGACCCCUGCGCCCUCCCCCCUGGGAAGAAUAAAUGCUCUGGAGACCUGUU